CAUGACGAUCAGGAGAUAUACACAUCUUUUAUAGGUGGAAGAGAAGAAAAAUAUUUGAUCAAUUUGCUGUUCUUUUAUUUGCUUCUUGAUUGCUGUCAUUUUCUCCUUGAAAGAAACCGUUUGGCUAACACGCGGAUGUACGAAUACUUGUCCUGCAUUUUUGUGAGCUUGUAAAAUAUUCUCAGUGCAAGUGCACGCACACUAAACACAAAGGUCAAUUUUAUACGUAAUACCCUUCUUUAGAAAAUUGGGAGCGUGUUUGGAAAUUCUCUUCGUUUGAGCUCAUCGAAGGAUUUGUGAUGUCUUACAUUCGCAUUUUGGGAGGUACUGCAGCCGUGAGCGGUGGACUUUAUGCAUUUUAUAGAUUUCGUGACAAGAAACAACAGGUAUGUAAAAUUUUUCAAUGUUCGUUUGAAAUGGGUUUGUUCACUAACCUGUUUAGUGCACGUGCUUCGUGCAAUUCAGAUUUACUAGCUUCAAGCCUUGAAUAGCCACAUUCAAUAUGUUAAAAUUCAGCCUAGAACAAGCAGAAUUCUCAUCCAAAAGUAGUUGUAGGAAAGUAGUUGUAGGAAGGGACAUUAUAGUGAGUGCCCCCUCCCCCCCGACCUCAUCAGCAGUCUUUGUGUGGGUAGUAAACCGAUGUGGAGUUUUGGGGCUUAUUUUCCAGAGACUCAUAGCGGUAUCUAUUGUUUCUAGCUGAAAGUUAAGAUAAAGUCAGGCCAUUGUUCUUUCAUCAUUUUUUUUUCUGUUUUCUGCAUGUUUGUGUGUUGCAAAAUUAUGAGAUGGAUGGUCCCCUUAAUAGUCUACACUUAAGCCAUAACCUGCACCCACAAUACUGUCUACAGUUCCCAUUUUCCAGUAGCAGAGAUGUCGUUAAGAGCCGGCUGCCAGCUAAUUUCACCGGCUGAAAAAGAGCUUACCACCAGCUCAAAUUGCAAACGAAAACAAAGUUGCAUUUGAGUAAAAAAACCAGCUUGACUAAUAAAAAAGCCUUCUUAUCCUUUCCUUAGCUACAUCCCUGCUGUAAGGCUGUAGAGAUGAGUGGUUUACUAUGAUAAGCAACUGUCUUUGUGUCAAAUAAUGUACAGAAGGGGCAGGCAAAAGGGAGUGGUAGCAAAGGCACAAAAAAUACUUUCUCUCACUUCCCUUUGAACCUAACCCCUCCCCCUGAUUCUCUCAGUAGAUUUGAUACUUCUCUCCAGGAUAUGGUCAGUGUAUGCUUCCACCAUCAUGUUAUGCUUUCAUAAAAAUGAUCAGAUUCUGGCAUGUUAUGUGCUUCCAGCAACUUUGAAGAAUCUUAUCCUAUGGCUGAUUCACACAAGUGGAAGCAAAGGGAACACAUGUCAAGGCUGUGCUCUUAGGAAAAUAUUGAAGGGAGCCCAGUGCACUGAACCUGUAAAAUCCAGGGUGCCCAGCAUAUGAUUUGUACAAAAAAUCUGAGAUUUUCUAGUCACCCAGGAGCAAAAGUUUGGCGCCAGGGGCCACUGGGCUCUGCUAAAGCACAGCCCUGCAUGUCCAAAUUAGUUUAGUUUGGUUUAGUUUGUGACCCUGCCAAUUUGGUAGGGUCAUCACAACAGUAUAAAGUCUAUAACUACUGUAAGCCCUUAAUAAUGGUCCCCUUCCCAUUAUGAGAGAUAGAUCACACCACUAGGGUCUCUUUCCUUUACGUUUGCCAAACAACAGUGUGGGUUCCUAACCCUCCCGACCCCCUCCUUUCAACAAAUUAUCAUCAAGUGCAAGUGCUGACAUGCACAAGAAUAUGUUAGUAACAUCGCAUUCUUUUGUUGCAGAACUCUUUAUUAUCCCCGGUUAUUGCUGCAGAAAAGACAGUUGUAGGACAACCAAAUAACCCUCUUCCUUCAAGAUCUGUUCACAUCAAUGCUUUGAAGAACACACCUGAAUUUGAUGUUUUGGUGAUUGGUGGUGGCGCCUCUGGUUGUGGAGUAGCUCUUGAUGCUGUGACCAGGGGUAAACAAGAAUUUAUUUUGAAAAGUAAAAAAAUUGAUUUGGCGAGGUGUCUGUUCAGUAAAAGAUCACAGAUGGCGUCACCCUGCCAGCAGAGUAAUCUUUGUUGAGCAUGCACAGCAUGUUGCUAGGACUGAGGCCUAGGAGUACUUGCUACAGAGGGUUUUGUUAUAACCAUCCAUUUAUUAAUAAAUGGAUGCUCAUGCUAAAAAAAACCAUUUUGAUGGGAGAGAAGAUUGACUAGUCCGGAGGUUUUGUUUGUGGCAACCUUCAAGGUUUGAUGUGAUUCAGGCAGAGCCUCAUUAUUUUUUCCUCCUCACUCAAGAAUACAAAAGUGGAGGUGUGUGUGGCCAAGUGGUUAACACCUCGAACUCCGGAUCUGGAGGUCUGGGCUUCAAGCCUCGCCUGUCAUGUUGUUUCCUCAGACAAGGAACUUUACUCCACUUUGUCUCUCUUCACCCAGGUGUAUAAAUGGGUACCAGCGACAUACUGCUGGGAGGUAACCCUGCGAUGGACUACCAUCCUGUCCAGGGGGGAGUAGCAAUACUACUAAGUGCUUCAUGCUAAUGAAACCAGGAUAAGCUCCGUCCCUUUGAGCCUUUACCUUUUUUUUACCAAGAAUACGAAAGGAGGCUCUGCUUGUAGACUAUGUGAGAUGGCAUUAAAAUUAUUGUGGUUCAAUUAUUGAGAACAAAAAGUGCCCAAUGUCAGCUCAGUCAUCUUUCUUUGUAAAGGGCCUAUCAUAAUUCUGGUUUUGUACUUGUCUGGCAUCAGUAAAAGUAGUAUAAUUUUUAAUUCUUUUUCCAUUCUUAAUGCCUAUUAUUAACACUCCAUUGUGGUUCCAUCCAUGAAUGCUAAAAUGCAUGUACAUCAUUUUGCACUUUUGAAUGAUGAUGAUGAUGAUGGUGGUGGUGGUGGUGGUGGUGGUGUUAAGAGAUGAUAAUAAGGAGUGAUUUUGAUUGAUUUAUAGGCCUGAGCACAGCUUUGGUGGAAAGGGAUGAUUUUGCAUCUGGGACUAGCAGUCGUAGUACCAAACUAAUUCAUGGAGGGGUGCGUUAUCUACAAAAAGCCAUUAUGCAAUUGGAUAGGGAACAGGUAAUUUGCAUGUUAAGUGCAAAAAUAUACUUCCAUUGAAUUAUGCAAGAAGAUAACUUGUCAAUUUUUAUUUUAUUGGCGGCAUUUUUUGCACCAGUUUUUAGAUUAUUGAUAUACCCAAUGUAAGUUAUUUCUUUUGUUUUGUGUUGACAGUAUCGCCUUGUAAAGGAGGCACUGCAUGAAAGAGCCAACUUGUUGGCUAUUGCACCACACUUAUCUGCUCCUUUGCCAAUCAUGCUUCCUGUUUACAGGCAAGUGAUGUUAACUGUUCAUUGAAAUUAUUACCAUGUACAGUUAAACGCUGUUAAUACAGACAUCGAGGGGGCCAUAGAAUGUGUUCUUUUUUUUAACAGGAUGUCCGUUUUUAGCGGGUUGAAUUUAGAGGAAAUGUAGGGGCUUUCUUGCUUUCCCCAAUGACAAAGCAACUGUCCAAAAUAAUGGAGUGUCCACCUUAAGUGGAUAUCCGUAACGUGGGAUUUCACUGUACCUGGUACCUUAAAUAUCACUGGAAUUUCAAAUCAUAAUCAAUUUCCAUGAAGUUAUUUUAAUGACCAGAAUUACUUUGAGUUAGCCAAAGGUUUGAGUUACUGAGAGUAAAAUUACAGUAAAUGUAUGAAGGAAAUCCAGGAGAAAUCAACUUUGGUUUGAGUUAGCGCAAGGUUCAAUUUAGUGAGGGAUUUAAGUUAUCGGGAGUCAACUACAUGUAUUUCUCACCGCAACAGUAAUAUGAUAGUCAUAUUAUAAAUAAUUAUACUACUACAUGAGAAAUUUCUGCAAUUUGAUUGGCUUAGAGCAGUGGUAUUUCACCUUAAUUUGAAAUACCUACAUGUGAAAAUUACAAACCUUUUUCCGGGUAGCAGUAUAAACAAAUAAUAGCAUGAUUUGUACUUGAUAUUUGGCAUAAAUAUCACUCGUGGUAUUUAUGCCAAAUAUCACUUCUAAUCAUGCUAUUACCUAUACUAAUAUUAUUAUUUUCAUUAAAAAUUAACUAAAUUUGUACUUUUUUCCUUCUUUUCAGAUGGUGGCAACUCCCUUACUUUUGGGCUGGAAUCAAAAUGUAUGACCUUGUGUCGGGUCGUCAACUUCUCAAGAGUAGCUAUGUUGUUGGAAAAAAGAAGGCUUUGGAGCUCUUCCCAAUGCUUAAAAAGGACAAAUUGUGUGGAGCAAUUAUUUAUUAUGAUGGUGAGUCAUGGACCAAAUUUGAAGAUAGGGAGCUCUUUUAUAUCUGACCAGUUACACUUUACCUCUGAGACCAGCUUUUAACAUACACUAGCUUACAAUAAAGAUGACUUGAUUUAAGUGUACUGGUAAAUUUAGCAUGAAGUGCUGAUGGACGACACUGUUCUAUGUCCACUCCUUUUCUGGAGAGAGCACCAAAUAUUUAUGUUCUCAUUUGAAUGCCAAAAAGGUCUCACUAGUCAUUUGAAGGGCAGCUGGCAGUAUGCUCUUUGUCUGUCAGUCAUUUUAAGAUUAUUUUAAGUCCAAUUGCAGAUUGAUGCUAUCCCUGGCAUGAUCAGCAAGUUCACUUUUGAAGAGACUCAAGCCAAGCUCUGAAGUUUGCAUUAGGGAGGUGUAUUUUGCUUCAUACCAAGUUUACUUGCCGACAAACAAGUGAUACCCAGAUAAUCAAUGAUAUAAGAGCCUUAGAGAGCUUUAGAUACAGAGUUUUGCAGGCUACAGACAAACAGGUGUUUUCAUCAUCAGCUUUUCUUCUUAUUUUUCCUAACCUUGCUGUCUGCCAGGUAACAAUGACCUAAAAUGUGAACGUGGGGCCAUUCAAGGCUACAACCAUUUUGUAUGCUGAAAAGACAGGAAGAUAAAUAUACAGUACUUGUAAUUCCAAAAAGAUUUUUUCGAGAAACCUGAAAGUUCACUUAUAUGUUCCUAUGUAAUAAAAGGUUUAUUACGUGUAAUUUUCUAGGACAACAUGAUGAUGCAAGAAUGAACCUCGCUAUCGCACUUACUGCUGUCAGGCACGGGGCAUCUGUGGCCAACCACGUGGAAGUAUUAUCUCUUCUUAAAAGAAAGGGUAGGAAGCAGUAGAGCACACUAAGCACUGGUGUAUGGUCGUUUCGCCAAGGUCCUUUUCGCUAUCUUCGGAAGUCGUUUCGCGUACGUGUUGGGUCAGUUCCGUAACUGCUUUCGCCUGAUCAAAGAACGAGGUAUAUACACGCGUGUCACACUUUUUUGUAUCAUGGCCGAGAGAACGAAGCCUUUACAUGCGCAGCGCUCUUUUCGCUUCUUAGCGGAACGACGUAAGACGUUAGCGAAACGACCGGCACCUACGAAAACAGAUUAUUUUGCUUUUUAUGAGUCGUAAUUUUUCCUGAGGGUAAGCAAAGAGAGACAUAAAGUUUCUAGGGGAACAAAAUUAAUUAACCUUAACUUCCGUCUACACGAAACCCGCAAUGUCCGGCACCAACCUGAAAACAGUGGUUUUCCAAAACAGUCCGCAGAGUGAAGAUUUUUUGAAACCGCCGGCUUCUUGUUUACGUGUGAACGGACGGAAACGUAGGUUUUCGAAUACGACGAUGUUAGUAUAAGCAGCAGUUACUACAUUUAAAUACGGUCGCCAUGCGACCACCUCAUACAAGGAAACCUCUCGUAAACGAACAAGUGACAUUUUCCAUUGUUUUUAACCUCUUUUAAGCGACCACUAGACGAAUUAUCUGAUUUCUAUGUUCACGCUGUGUGUACUUACAGGAGGUUUGACUCUACCCUAUUUGCUGGGGCAGCAAUUAAUUAUAGCAUGUCUCCUUUCAAUCGACUUAAUCCAAGCAAAAAAAACUAUGCAACUUUUAAUGAACGUUUUUCUACAGAAGAAGACAAAGAGGAUGAAGUAGUUUGUGGGGCUCACGUUCGUGACGUGAUUACUGGCGAGGAAUUUGAUGUACGAGCAAAGUGCGUCGUGAAUGCCACAGGACCCUUUACUGACGCAAUACGGAAGAUGGACGAUCCAACAGAGAGGAAUAUCUGCCAGCCAAGCUCCGGGGUGCACAUCGUACUGCCAGAAUACUACAGGUACUGUAGGCUGAGAAAACAGCCGACAUUUGUAGAUGCCACCACUGGUCUCCCAGCGAAACGAGCCCAGAAAUUCCAUACUGAUGACGUGUCACUACCCAGAUCAGGGUAGUGCUUUUGAUUGGUUGAUGCAAUUUUCCUACGUGGCACGACCAAUCAGAAGCGCUACCCAGAUCUGGGUACUGACGCGUCAUCAGUAUGGAAUUUCUGCACUCGUUCCUCAGUCGUCAUUUCGAGGAGAAAGCAUUGGUGACGUCUCGAAAUGUCGGCUGUUUCCUUGGACUGCAGCCGCCAGUUGUUCAAUAGCGCUAUUCUUCGGAUAAAUCUCCAUCCACUGGAUAGCGUAAUUGGUUUUCCUAAUAUUCUUCGUUCUUUAAGGCAAGUAUGUACGAGAAACUAUUUACACCUCGACUGAAUAAACUUGUAUCUUAACAAUUCGUAUCGGAAUGACUCUGGAUAAAAACGAUCAGUAACCCGGACACCGGUCGUUUCGAUACGAUACGACCUCGCUCAAGCAUUGCAAUUAUUACACAAAAACAUUUCGAUCACUUCAGUACAAUAAAGUCAACAUACACAUCUUUGACGGCUUCCAAUCGUUUCGCUACAAAGUUUUUCGUCACAUUUUGCAGCGUAAUAUUUCAGCUAAUCAGGUUUCAGUUUGAAAGAGAGUGCUAGCGUCAACUUAGAACUUGACGCAAGCAACUCGGAAAAAACGCUAGCUUGACGGCCUAGCUACCACGAGUGUCGUGUAGCUAAGUGGUAGAGCAUUUGAACUAACAACCAGAUCGAGAAUGUCAACUCUUGUUGAUAGAAUUCGAUUUUGUUUUGUCUUUGUCGCCUGUAUCACUGACAAAAAAAUAAUCAGUUCAUUCUGUUUUGAAAGAAACUAAUCAUGCUUUUUACUUUUAUUUUAGUCCAAAAGAUAUGGGUCUUCUGGAUCCAGCGACGAGCGAUGGACGAGUCAUCUUUUUCCUUCCUUGGGAAGGUGAGAUGUUUAAGUCUUACUAAAAGUUAGAAGGCCUUACUAUGGGUCCCAAGGGGGGGUACUUUAGGAAUUUCUGGGUGGGGAUGUGCCGCUGGGACCCUGGAACCCUUAACCUAUAUCAGAGCUAGUUCACUAAAUUUUGCUACCCUAUACUAGAGUAAACUCUCCAAAUCCCCCCUAUCCUAGGAUAGCUGUUUCCCUAGUCUAGAUAAAAUCUUCAACCAACUGAUCAGUUUCCUGAAAAAUGAUACUCUAUUCUAGACCCAAACGCUCUGAUUUAUAUACCCUAUCCUAGAGUAAACUGCUUGAAAACCAUACCCUUCACAGCGGUACAUACCUAUAUAGCCCAUAUAUGGCAUAGCCCCCGGGGGGCUAUGGGUGCCUUUUGCUGUUGUUUUUUGUAUUGCUUUGUCUUAUUUCCAAAAGGAAGUAGCAAGGUAUGGAAUCAUCAGCGUACUAUUGAGUUUUUUUGUUUAAUGCGUCUCGCAAAUACGAUAUUACAGCCAACCACUGAUAUUUUUAAAAUCGUUUCCUUGUCAUAUUGUAGGAAAAACAAUCGCUGGUACAACGGAUUCCCCAACAGAGCUGUCGCCCAACCCGGCCCCAAAAGAAGCCGAGAUUCAGUUUAUUCUUAGUGAAAUCAAGCAUUACCUUACUGAAGAUUUAGAAGGUAAGAGUCCUAAACCAGUAAGCAGUUUCUCUAAGAUAUGCCUGACAGGAUCCUUGCCUCCUGUGUAGAGGUUUUUUAGAAUUCGUCGCGCAUUGUACCUUUUCAAGGUCAUGCGACAAUCGCUCUAUCAAUGCUUUGUUGCAGUUCGUCGUGGUGAUGUACAAGCGGCUUGGAGUGGUAUCCGACCUUUGGUCAUAGACCCGAACUCUAAAAGUACCGCUUCAAUCGCCCGCAAUCACCUGAUUUUGGUCAGCAAAAGUGGACUGGUAACGAUUGCUGGAGGUAAAUGGACCACCUACCGCUCCAUGGCAACAGAUACCAUGGAAGCCGCUAUUAAAGCUCGCGGGCUGCAGCCUGCUAGGAAUUGUCAGACCGACGGACUGUUCCUCGAGGGAGGAGAGGGUUAUACGUCAAAUUAUUUCAUCCGACUUGUACAGGAUUAUGGUCUUGAUGUUGAGGUUCGUCUAAUGGCUGAUUUAUGUACACCUCAUUUGAUACUUUGAUGUAUGAUUAGAUAAGUCCAGAUAUUUUGUUAAUUAUUUGAUUGCUUAAUAUUUAAAUUUUGCGAACUUUCCCAGUAGCUUCUCAACAUAACCGUUUUUCUCGUGCAGUGCUUCACUCUUGCUUAUAAUGCAGGCGGUGUGGGAGGGGGGGUGGGGGCGCAGAAAUGCUAGAAUUUGCUAGAGUUGUCACAUCUUUUGCUUUAAAAAUCAUACAAGAGCUACGGAGCGCCCUCAGUCGCUCGAAAAAUAUGCCUACACUGAAUGCUAAUCCUGAGCGUGCGCACUGAUGUUUUGAUUUCCUACUCUAUCUAACCAGUCGAACUGGAUUGGUCCAUGUUGAAACUGGUUUGAAUUCGAAUACUGCAUUGGACUCCUAGUAAAGUGCACUCUGUUUUAGUUAACAGACUUGUAACCAUUGAAGAGUUUGGUGGUGCAGAAGAGAGACGGCGUUUUACCGUAUGAUGCCUCGCGCCUAUACGUCGUUUCGAAUAAAAAUGAUUCAUACGAAAAGGGGUGAAUUGGGGGGCAAAAGAGAACCAACUUUUAGUAGUUGCAAAACAAACAGUUACUGCCCUGGGUAGCCGGUUACAUAUAACGCGCGUAAGGUAACAAGAUCGUGAGUGAGGAAGCUAUGAGGAGAAUUUCAGUUUGUUGAUAUAACUGUCGGUUGGUCAACUGGUUCAAAAAAAAAAAUUGUAAAGUUUGCUUACCUGAGAUCAGGCCCAACGUUAUCAACUUGCGUUAGCCGGAAAUUUACAUGCCAAGCCAGACGAAAAAAGAGCGUGUCUCAGGUUUUGUUGUUCUUUUCUGUGGGCUAAACUGGUCAAGUCUUGGUUGCUUGUUGAUGAUAAACGCGAACUUAACAUGAAUUCCAUUUCUGUUAAACAGGUUGCCAAGCAUCUCGCUCAUUCUUACGGAACCAAAGCACCGGAAGUUAUUAAACUAGCCAAAGUAACCGGAAGUCGUUGGCCAGUCUUGGGAAAGCGUCUUGUGGAUGAAUUUCCAUAUAUUGAAGCGGAAAUUCGCUAUGGUGUACAGGAAUACGCAUGCACGAUUGUAGACUUCCUUGCCAGGAGAACACGACUUGCGUUUUUGAAUGCUCAAGCCGCUGCCGAUGCCAUUCCGAAGAUUGCCGACAUCAUGGCGAAGGAACUGAACUGGUCCAAGGCCAAGAAGGAGGUAAUGUUAAUAUACUUGUGCCAACCUGUUGAAGGGGGUGGGGAAGGGAGGAUGACUGAAGGCAAGGCAGGUAGACAUUAGGAUAAAUUUAUCCACAAUGUCUUCCGCACAUUGGGCUUCGUCUGUUCCAUACUUGAAGUGCGGGAUGGUUAAGAUUUGUGUCUUCCAUGCAAGUGAAACCUUUUCUACCGUAAUGGUCUCAAUGUGGAAAGUGCAAUCGGCGACAAAAUGAGUUCAGACACCGCAAAAGGACCCUUCUGACGUGUUGCCGUCUUAAAAAGGAGAAAAUCAAGUUUUCCCUCCCCCAUCCCCUCCAUGCAAUGUCGCGCUGCUGUUCGAGCUAGGAGACAACAAACAUCCCAACUUUGAAUGGAGGGGCUCGAUUCCCAGCGGGGUUCAAAUAAGAUGUUCUCUGCCUCGCGUUCUUUUCUCUUGUAUGAUCCUCAUGCGUUGAUCACCAAAGUUAUUAGUCUUCUUUAUUUUUAGGCCGAGAUCCAAGAAGCCCGAACAUUUCUCGACACUGGUAUGGGAUUGGACGUUCAUGAACACGUUCGGCGCGUGGAGGUGAAUUUCAACGACGAGGAAGUCAAACAAUACGAGAAGAUGUUUCAGAAAAUUACCAAAACCAAGCGAGGAUGUUUGAACUCCUUUGACUUGAGAAACAUGUUGAAGGAGAUGGGAGAAGAGGUAUCUGACAAGCAACUUCAUGAGCUUAUAGCUGAAGUGGAUAUUAAUAAGAAUUCAUGUGUGGAGCUGGAUGAGUUUCUACAGGUUAGUUACUGAAAAUCCUAAUAUCAAUAUACAGAUUCUCCAAAUUGUUCCGCCCUGCUACAUUUAAGACUAAUGUGGGGAACUUGCUUAACAAUCGAGACCUUUUGUGCUCGCUGAUCAUUUCCUGGAUUCUCAUGAACUAUACUUUUGUUUUAGUGGUGAUACUGACGGGAGAAAUUAGAUUCCUGUCACUUUUGGGGUUAACAGGGAGACGUCGUGACCCUGUAACCCACUCAAAAAUUAGUGAGACGUGGACUCGCAAUCUGGUAGCUGGUUGUUUUGUCGGAGAGAGCGUUGAAGCCGCGAGUAGAACGAGGCGGAAUCAACGAGAACAACAAUAACAAUGGUUUUUCUUUUCUUGUGGCCUCGCCGCUUGAAGUCCGCGCGAACUUUCAUAACUUCACCGCUCGUUUGCGCUCAUUUGCGCGCUCGCCAGACAAAAUCGCCAGCUACGCAGGCUAGCAAUCCGGAUAUCGUAAGACCGAGUCUUGCUCUGACCAUGCGCUGUGUUAUUGGCGAUCUGCUUGUCAAUACUGAACCAAUUGUUUGCGUCGCGCCGGGUGACGUAUUUACUCCUGAUAUAUUGUAUUUGGGCUAGAGGAGAGCAUAAAAAGACCAUUAUCCUCUCUUGAUUUGGGUUGUUUGUUUCAACUUAUCGAGGUCGCGUGGUCUGACGUUGUUUACUUGUAAUAUGUAAGGCCCACAAAAUCCACAGUGGUAUACUUCCUAGAUUCGAAAGGCGUCAAGUCUAGCCCGCUUGGCACGAGUCGGCUUUUAGAGCGGAAGGAGAAACUUCGAGGACGCGCGCACGGACGAAGGGAAAAAUGGAGGAGAGGCCUCCCCUCCUAUAAAAACUAACCAAAUAAACCGUCGCCUGGCACGCAGGCUACGUCGUCUCUGGUUGCAAACGGAACCUAUAAUUUUGGUCUGUGAGUCCAGCGCGGGAGAGAAAUUUGGGAUGGACAUUUCAUUACCUUUACUCAGAUUUUGUUAAAAUCAACUUUUGGUGAAUGUUUUUAUUACUGUUUAGCUGAUGAGCGCUCUAAAGACAGGAGCUGUCGCCAAUAAUCGUUUUGCGGUCAUCAUCGAUCGACAUCACAAACAUUUAACAGAACAGAUACCUGUGGACAGGAGCGGUGGUGGAGUAUGACGUCAUUAGGUCAUGUGACUUGGCACCGGCUCCCUGAUUGAGUAGAUGGACAGUGAAUGUAUAACGCGACUACUAACGACAUGUUUGAAACACCAAGCGUCCUAAAAACAAGGGCUUAAUGUAUUGUUUAAUUGCACGGUGCUUUACAGGGUCAUAAGUGGGUCCUGACCCCGCCCACAGAGGUGGUAUGAAUAAACUAGACUCCUUUGAAGUUUAUUGAUUUACUUUGCAAACUGGUGCUCCUUAAUUGAAGAGGAAUUGCUAAAUUUACAAGAAAAUUCAACAGGAUAUAAAAUCGUAAAUUAUUCGCCUUGUGCCAAACUCGAAAAAAAUUCGCAUCUGUCGUAACCUCAGUUUAAUUAAACUGUUCACAGUCCCCUAUUUUUCCGUAAGGUCGUUGAGAUCGAUCACCUUGCCUUACGGGUGGCCGAUGGCGACCUUGGUUUCAGAUGGUCCAAGACGUUUUUAGCCCUGGGAUAAGUGUCAAAUCUACUUAGGAGGAUGAGGACGGUUUGCGAGGAGAAGAGAGAAAUUCUCGCCUCCCCCUCUUCCCCCCUCGGUACAUAUGCAACCAAGAUGGCCACCGGUACCGAUAAGCGCUCGAUCCCGACGAAGUUACGAAAAAAUUGGGGACCGUGAACAGUCUACAGUUUAAUUCGUUAUUGUGCUAUACCUUUAGAGAUCAUGCACUUCAUAACAAAUGCUUCCAAGCGUCUUUGUUAAAGAUGACAGGGUUGCAAGAAGUUUUAAAGAUUUCGAAUGAGGAUAUUUUCAAAGUGGGACCUUUCAGAAUUUUCAUAUAGAACUCCCAGGGACGCAAAAAGAAGAAUUUGCCACCGCCGUAGCAAAUUAAAUACAAUGAAUUUAUUUACAAGAAUCCUUUAUUCCAAAUAGU